AUGUGAGUGAGUGCCAACAAGAGUCACUGUCGCAUACCUUCUUAUUUUUUUUGGACAAAUAUAGGAAAAUGUAGUAGCAAUUAUCAGCUAAAAACCAUUUACAACCUCACGGUUGACUGAUCCGGUUUCUCGUUCAAAGUCGCCAGUUUCACGACGCCUCCUGGAAUACUGUUCCGUAGAAAAGAAAACCGGCGUGUUGGGAAGUCGAUAUACAAAAGGGCAAAAAAACAAAAUCUUCUGUGCACCUCCCACCGUAAUUGCGAAGUUUAUCAUAUCAAAUCUGUACAAAAUUUGACUAAAGAUACGGAGGUGUAUUGAUCAAUUCUGGGAAUAAAACCUAUAGUUCUGCUGAUGCAAAUCAGGUUUUCAAUGCAUCGAAACCCUGCAUAAUAAUCGAGCAAUGUCGGUGGCAGAGCUAAGGGAGCGGCAUGUAGCUUCAACGGCAAGGGUCAAUUCUCUCAGGGAGAGAAUUAAAGAGAAGCGCCUUCUGCUUUUGGAUACAGACGUUGCAACGUAUGCUAGAAAUAGUGGACGCUCGGCGGUUAACUUUAAUAACGCGGAUGUUGUGUGCUGUAGAACGCUUCAAGGCCACACCGGAAAGGUUUAUUCAUUGGAUUGGAAUGGGGAAAGAAAUCGAAUUGUCAGUGCAUCUCAAGAUGGGCGGCUGAUAGUUUGGAAUGCUUUAACAAGCCAAAAAACACAUGCCAUUAAACUCCCUUGUGCCUGGGUCAUGACAUGUGCAUUUUCUACCAAUGGACAGUAUGUUGCAUGUGGGGGUCUUGAUAGUGUCUGUUCCAUUUUUCAUCUUAACUCCCAGUUUGACAAAGAUGGGCAUCUACCUGUUUCAAGAACUCUCAGUGGUCAUAAGGGCUAUGUCUCUUGUUGUCAAUAUGUACCAGAAGGAGAUACACAUCUAAUAACCAGUUCUGGUGAUCGAACAUGUAUUUUAUGGGAUGCUGCAACAGGCCAGCGGAUUUCAGUCUUUGGUGGUGAAUUUCCAUCAGGUCACACUGCUGAUGUCAUGAGUUUAUCUGUCAGUGCAACAAAUUCCAAGUUAUUUGUUUCAGGUUCUUGUGAUAUGACAACCAGAUUAUGGGACACACGAAUUGCCAGUAGGGCCACUCGAACAUUCCAUGGACAUGAGGGAGAUGUAAACACUGUGAAAUUUUUUCCAGAUGGGCUAAGAUUUGGCACUGGCUCAGACGAUGGCACUUGUCGUCUAUUUGAUAUAAGGACAGGACAUGAAUUACAAGUAUAUAAACAGCAACACAACGAAAAUGAGAUUCCAACUGUAACAUCAGUGGCAUUCUCAUUAUCUGGCAGGCUCCUUUUUGCGGGAUAUUCUAAUGGAGACUGUUUUGCGUGGGAUACAAUAAUGGCAAAGGUAGUACUAAACUUGGGGGACUUGCAAGACACACACAAUGGUCGGAUAAGCUGUCUUGGAUUAGCAGGUGAUGGGAGUGCUUUGUGUACAGGAAGCUGGGACAAGAAUUUAAAGGUUUGGGCAUUUAGUGGUCACCGUAAAAUAGUUUGAUAAGGUGCCGAUUAAAUCAAAAUUUGCUGAAGAAUAGUGUUAAACAAGGUGAGUUCGUGAAGUGACCUGUGAUACACAACUCAUAUCAUUCAACCUGAAUUUCUCUCACAGCUUCAAUUAUUUUCUCCUAUUUGGAGACAUCUAUAUUCCCACGGGCACUCCAUGAUGUUAAUUACCCAUGGAAGAAGCCAGAUGCUUGUAUUAUGUAUUGAUAUUUUAUUUUUUCGUUGUCAUUGCAUUUAGAGUGUUGUAUUAAGGACUGGACUAAAGUGGUCCUUGGCCCUGUGCUUUUCCAUUGCAUCAAUUCAAGUACAAUUUGAAUUUGUGAAGCCAAUGAUAGCAUACGAAGAAUUCCAGAGUUGAUUGAAAGCCAAUAUAAUGAUUUUUAGUAUGCCUUUCCAACUUGGGAGUUCAGUAUUGUUGUGUUAUUUAUCUUCAAUGUGUAGAUUAUACAGACUGACCUGCUCAUGAGGCAAAACAAAACCUGAUUUUGAGUUAAAGAUUCUCUUGCAUUGAAGGUUCUAUUGAACCGCAUCA